UUUGACUUAACUCAGUUCUUCAUUAGGCGUUGCGUGCGUCAGGUGACAAAGAUCGAAAAGCAGAAGAAGCACGCAACGAGCGAGUGCACUCGGUGACCUGACCCCCGCAUCGACGGCUAAAUAAAGACGAAGAAAAUUGGGCCUCCCCAAUACGAAGAAGAAAGAAAUAAUAGAAAAGAUGUCAGCUAAAGGGAUCGUGUUCGUUGUGCUGACGCUCUGCGCGUCCAGCGUUUUCUCCAGGAUGACCUACGAUUGCGGAGAGAAGCUAUUGGGAUGCUUCUGCGGAAACAUCUACUUGGAUGGGAGCGAGACCAAGUACGUGGUGAACUGCACGAAUCAGGGCUUCACCAACGUGGACAUGCUCACAGACAUCCCGAUAGAAACGGAGAUGCUCGUUUUCGUUGGAAACAAUAUCCCGACGCUUCCGUGGAACAUCUUCGGUGAUAUGAACAAAUCGGUGAAUCUGAAGGAGAUCGACAUGUCGAAUAACAAUAUUAUGGAGAUCAAGGGGAAAGCUUAUCAUCACGUGUCGACGGUGGAAACGCUCAUUUUGAACCACAACAAUCUGACUAUUAGCAAUAAGGGCGAUGAGAAUUAUCACCAUCCGAGGAUGUUCUCCAAUUUUGUGAACUUGAAAGCGCUUCAUCUGACAAACGCGUUCGCUGAUAACACAGGAGACGAUUUGGCUGAUGAUUUGCACGACAUCUUCAUGAACAGCGGUUUGGAUAAGCUGUAUAAAUUGCAUCUGGAGCAGAACGAAAUCAAGAGUUUUCGAGAUCAGAACGUGUUUUGCGAUCUGCCGAAUAUCAGAGAUAUUUAUCUCGCGGAUAAUUAUAUUCCCGGGCUCAAUUUCAAUAUAAGCUGUUUGAAGAAGCUCCGCUUCUUGGAUUUGGAGCACAACAACAUCACCAAGUUGUCGCAGCGCGAGCUGGAGUCUCUGGAUUGGAUGGCACCACCGCAUGUGGAAGGGACUUUAACGAUCGACAUACGCAGGAACCCGUUGAAAUGCGAUCCGGCGACGAAGACGCUCUACGGCUGGAUGCAGAGGACGAACGUGACCAUCCGCGGUAAGGAGAGCAUCCAGUGUCAUUCAGCUAAAUUCGGCACCAAUCACCUCAUCAACCUGAAGACUCUCGCCGAAGGGAAGCACGCGACCGUCUCGAAAGGCGUCACCGUCUUGCUGGUCAUCCUAGUCCUAGUCCUGAUCUCACUCAUCUCCGCCUACGUCUACUUGAGCAAGGAUAAGCUGAAGAACAAGCUGGGCCCAAUUCUGGACAAAGUCACCAGGAAAGUACAAUACACGACCAUCGAAUCUCAGGCCGUCUAACGUCCAAUUCAACAGCAGCAACAACAACAAGAAAAAAACGUGUAAAUAGAAGAUACGGUUUAGUGUAUGUACAUAAUUGGAAUAGAUUAAUAUAUGCGAUGGAAUAACCGACGCCGCAGGAAUUCCCUCCGCAUCAAGGUUGAAUCGUCGCCGAAAUCGCGUAUGGGAUUUCUUCGUCCAAUGUGAUUUUAAUGUUUCGGAGAAAACCGGCCUCAGUGCAAUAUCUCUCUCUCUUAUAUAUACAUUCUCCGAAAAAGAACUGACCUCCACUUUCUAAUUUUUCGUAAUUGCAUUCGGGCUUUCAACUGUACACGUCCCGUCCUUCAAUUCUUCAUUAGUAACUAAUUAAACUUGUUUUUAUUUUCCUACACAUCAAAUAGAAUUGUCACUUACACAAAUGAAAAUUGGAAAAAAAAACCAAGUGCGUUCUAAAAGAUGACAAAAUGAAAAAAAAUAUAUAUAU